AUGAGCAGCGGCCACCAGUCCCUCUAUUUCCUCAGUCUUCCUGACCCAAAGCAGCUGGUCUGCGUCACCCUGACUCUGCAGGAUGAGGGCGAGGAGCUGAGGAGCAAACAGAUCAAGACCUGCAGGGAGCUGGUUCUGCUGUUCUCUGAUCUUCUGGCUGCUCCUGCUCUGGACUCCUUUGCUGAUAUCACAGUGGUCAUAGCUACCUCGUUCUUACAGAACGGCAUCCUCCAGGUGUUUGGACACAGACACCGUCUGCAGCUGGGCUCUCCUCAGUCUGUGCUUCCAGGGGACCUCCAGCGUUGCCUGUCCUACUCUCUAAUCAGCAGACUGUCCCCCAGCUGGAACAAAGUCGGCCUCUUCCUCAUCUCAGGAAAAGACUUCCUGACCGAGAGCGGGAGGCUCAACGCUGUCAGCGUGGAGCUGAGUGUCACUGAGGCCCACAUGUGUUUCAGCAUUGAGGCCAGUGCUGUCCGACUGCCCCUGACCACCCUGGGGGACUUCGACCUCCCCCCGUCGGUGCUCCAGAGCUUAUGCAGUGACCCUGAAUUCGUCCUCGACCUGGCCUCCACCGCAGGAGCCGUGUGGUGUCACGUCCUGCCCAGCAUGAAGAAAGGGCAGAUCAUCUUCAUCAGCCGCCAGCUGCCCAAGCAUGGACCGUUCAGGAGCUACAGAGACCUGCAGAACCACUGGAACCGCAUGUAUGGCUACAGACUGCCUGAGCUGGCAGAGGAUGAUGUGCUGUACUGCAGCGUCUACUUCAGGCUGCUGGGAGAGAUACUCUUCAGCUACCCUCUGAGCUGCAUCCGCCUGCAGCCGGUGCAGCGUUGUCCUCAGGUCGACCUGCAGGGGGCGUUGGGCGGCUUCCUGUCUGACGUCAGGCACACACUGAAGACUGUGUGUGGCUUCCCUGCACAUCUGAGCAGCAAGCCCUGUUACCGUGCAGUCAGCCUGAGCACCGCUGCAUCUUUACAGGUGUUGAAUGGUUUGGAAAUCAACCUGACCACCUCCUGCUCCAUCAGGCCGGUCCUCACCCAGCUUCCUCCACCCCCUCCUCCAUCCCAGCCUCUGCAGCCUUCAGCCUGGACUCCUCUGUCCCAGCAGGAAGGAGCUCAGGAGCUUCUGGAGAAAGGACGUGGCUUCAGAGGGAGACUGACACAAAGUCAGGGGUGUGGAGGAGGCAGAGACUGGCCUUCCUCUUCCUCCAUCUCCUCCUCACAUGCUGCUUUUUCCUCUUCUGACUCCUCAGAUCAAGAAUCACAACCUUCCUGCUCCUCCUCUUCUUCCUCUUUUCUCCUGCACUUCCAGCCAGCCUCAUCCCUCAGCUCCUCCUCCUCCACCUCCUGCUCUUCUCUUCCAGUCUUCCAGCCUGCUUCCUCCUUCAGCUCUUCCCACUCCUCCUCCUCAACUCCCUUGUCUGAAGCGGUGUUGAACCCUUCUCCCAAACUUGUUCCAGUCUUCAAGCGUCCAUCGCACCGCGUCACCAUUUCCCUGCUGCGUCCCCAAAAUCAGAAGCAGCUGGGUGCAGCUGUGGAAGGGUCAGAGAGGGUGACAGUGCCUUCCUUUAGGAAGAAGAUUCCCGCCACUGCUUCUUCUUUAUCAGCUGCUUCCCUCCCAGUUCUUCCUUUGCCCAUCAUCCCUCACUUCAGCCGCCAUCCCAAAUUCCACAGCGGCACUGCGGCUGCUCACCCGCCUCCGGCUCACAUCAAGCGCAUCUCCAGCCUCAGUCCUGUAACAAAGUUUAAGCCGAGGAUUAUCAUCCCUCCAAAGCCGGAGAUCAAGACCGGCUCCAAAACCGUCCUGAAGGUCAGCUCUGAAAGUGACGCUGUCACUGGCUGCAGAGACGAAACACAGACAUCCUCUGAAACCUCAAACAAUGAAACCUCCAAACACAGCACAAAGAGAGUUUCUUUUGACCUAAAGGCGAAGAAAUCCAGAGCCGCAGUUGGAGACGUGGACGUGGAGAAUAUGGUCAAAACCAAUCAGUUGUCCAAGCUGAACUCUGCGACUCUGCUGCUCUGGCUGAAAGCUCGAGGCGUGAACGUCAACGCCAAACACAGGAAGGAGGAGCUGAUGAUGAAGGUCAUGAGCUGCCUGGCUGAGGCCUGAAACACACACUGACUCACCCCCUCGCUGCAUUUACUUAAUAGAGUUACUUUGGAGUAUUAACGCUGCGCUAAGCUUUCCUUUUAAGAAUUUGAUGUAAAAUCUUAUCAGCCGGGACAGAUGAGAGCUUCUCAUCCUCGCUAAUUGAGAUGCUGAACAUUUGCCAACGUUAGAUUUUGGUGUCAGAUGAAGUCACAGCGGGUCCAGAGGAGGACCUUUGAUUAAAUGAAAGCACAGACUGUUGGAAGCUUUCUCUUCCUCCUGUUUCUCUUCCAUGUGACGCCUUCACUCGUGUUCACUUUGCUUUAUUGUUCAGGUUAUUAACUUUAAAACUGUUCAUUCACUGGAGCGGUGUGGAAGGUCCUCAGUGUUUCUGCAACAGCUGGUUCAUAUUUAAAGACAGAGUGUUAUACCUGUGAGCCUCUCAAGAGCCACAGGGAGGUUUUACAAGCUGUUCACAAAGGUCAUGUUUUCACAGAAAGCACCAGCGUUCUGCAGCAGGUGUGUUUGUUCUGCUCACCAGUGUU